CGGGGCCGCGACGGCGCGGGGGGCGGGGCUCGUGGGGCCGAUGGACCGGGCCGCCCCGCGCCUGCUCCUGGCCCUCGGCCUCGCCAACUGAAUCAGUAACCCUGUCAGACAUACUGAGUAUACUGAGUCACUGGAAGAACUGUCCUGAGAAUACAAGGAACCAUACGAGAUGCCAUAUUUCUCUUCAUCACCUGAGGCGCCUUCACUUCAAAUAUCUUUUAAAAAAAACUGGAGAGAAACAGCAUGUGCAAGGUCAACAAACCAUUUUGCCUCACUAAAUACAUGCCUAUAAGCACACUGUAGGAAUGUGCACACAGCUGGAUCCCUACCAUGUAACUUACUAUGACCUCAGUUUACAGAUGGGCACCCUGAAGUUCAAUGUUGAGUGACUUAAUCAUAAUAACAAAGCUAGUGACUAGCAGGAUAAUGAAACUUUCCCUAAGAAAUUUUUUGAGAGUCAAAAUUUGAACCUUUGAAGCUCUGUGAUUUAUAUUAAAGCUACACAUUCAAAAUGAAAGCUAUAUUUGGACAAAAAGCAUUAAAACAGGUUGGAGAGAAUUGCAAUGGUUCUCAAGCAGGUCUAGCGAUCCUCCACUGUAUUGUGGCAGAUGGGAAUUCAACCAGAGGUCCUGAAAAGGAUGGCCUUCUCUGUGGAGAUCCUGGGGGAAACUGCGCAGGGGCCGCGACCACCGCGCGGUGGAGGCGGAGGGGCCACUUCGGGCCCUGCCCCCAGCGCUACGAGCACUACUGCCUCAAGGGGAGGUGUCGCUUCGUGGUGGCCGAGCAGACACCGUCCUGCGUCUGUGAUGAAGGCUAUACGGGGGCAAGAUGUGAGAGAGUUGACUUGUUUUACCUCAGAGGAGAUAGAGGGCAGAUUUUGGUGAUCUGUUUGAUAGCAGUUAUGGUCAUUUUUAUCAUUUUGGUGGUCGGUGUCUGCACAUGCUGUCAUCCACUGAGGAGGCGUCGUAAAAGAAGGAAGAAAGAAGAAGAAAUGGAAACUCUGGGUAAAGAUAUAACUCCAAUAAAUGAAGAUAUUCAAGAGACUAGUAUUGCUUAAUGACUAUGAAGUUACCUCCAGGCUAGUGGCAAGCUGCAAGAUGCCUGGCUUGUUUGAAAAUGGACAGAAUGUGUCUCAGGAAAAUAGCCAGGAGAAAUGAAUUUUAAAUAAUGUAUUUACUUUUUGUUUGUAAUGUUAGUUUGCAUUUUUUACUAUUUUUGUAAUGAUACUUAACUUUAUUAUUGUUUAGUAAUUGGGAAAAACCACUCAGUUCAGAAAUUUUAAUAAACUUCCACUAAAACUUCUGUCACCAGUCAAACAAAAAAGGAAGAUGAGGAGUUUAGGUUUUAGGAAUGGAAUUACUAGUAAAGCUACUUUUUAUCCAGCACUUUCCAUGGACUGAGAGCUUAAAGUAUAUCAUUUCCUUUAAUUCUUUUAAGAACCUAUGAGGUGGGCAGCCCCAGUGGCCAGCGGUUUAGCUCCACCUUCAGUCCAGGGCGUGAUCCUGGAGACCCCGGGAUCGAGUCCCACAUGGGGCUCUCUGCAUGGAGCCUGCUUCUCCCUCUGCCUCUCUCUCUCUCACUCUCUGUGUCUCUCAUGAAUAAAUAAAUAAAUAAAAUCUUUAAAAAAAAGAACCUAUGAGGUAUCUAUUGUGAUCCUCAUUUCCCAUAUAUGGGAACAGACACAAAGAAAUUAAAUAACAUAGCCCAGGUUUACAGAGUUAUCAAUUGGUGGGGCCAAGAUUGGAACCAAGAUUUACCCAAUUUCAGUUUGUGUUCUCAGCUAUCACUUUUGUUGAUCAGAUUGGGUGCAACCUAACUCACUAAUAUAACCCAAGACUUUAUACUAAACUAUAUUUUGCCAUGACUCUGAGAUUCUGGGGCUAUUUUCCUGCAGAAACUUAGAAUGGAGAGUCCUCACUCUGCGUUACUGUUACCAUCACAUUUUCUGGAGCAUUGACUUCUAUUAUGCUUCUUUGCUCCUUUAUAAAGUUUCCAUGGCAUGAAUAAAUUCCUACAUUAGUAAAUCAAACAGAUUUGCCCCCUAGCUAGGGUAAUGAAUAAAGAUGGGAUACAUGCCUGACAGUCUUUAGGGUCCACGUGUUUGUACUCACUAAUGAUACCACUGGGACCGGUUGUUUGUUCCAGGGCAAUGGUCAGUGACAGCAGAGCCCAGUCACACUGUUUGUGACCAUAUCCUUAUUUCUGUUCUUCCAAAAAGCAUUACCUGUGAUUGCUCUGAAGUGGAUGUUGUUGCAAGGAAAUCAUGACCAUAAGCAUCUAUCACUUGGGACCAGCCUGCCAAAUGUUCCUUCAACUCCAUUGCAUAUUUAAUAAAGACCCUUUUAAAACUGAAAGAGCUAAAUCUACAGUUAGCCAAUAUUCCACAGAAUAUGAAACUUUCUACAAUGACUAAUUUACAAAAACUGAUGGGCGAUGUCCCCAAAUUGCUGAACUUUUAUUGUGUGAUGUUAGCCAAGCAGUUUUUCUUUCCAGAAUCCUAGCAGAUUUUACUUUGCAGUGUAGACUUCACACAUGAAGUGAAGGGGAGAAUUCACACCAAAGGGAAGGUUGGACGUCACCUUCUAUCAUACAUCCUGUUUUGAGUGAGAAUGAGGCUGUGUUCGCAGAAAUAGCUCAAAUAUAUUAAGAGCUAAGCCAAACAACUAAUCAUCUCCCAAACCCAUUUUUCCUUCUGACUUAAUAGCCAUCCUUGAAACAGGAUUAUAUCCAGUGGAGUCAUGCUGCAUAUGCUUUAUUUUCAAAAGUCUUCUUCUGGGCUCAUUUAUGCCCUUGCUUUUUCUCAGUGCCCUUUGAUACCAAAGUGCUUGAAACAAAUGCUUGUUACAGCAUUUAAAAACAAAACACAAUGCUAUAAAUGUUUCGUCUUCCCUGAACUGAUGUUGGUUGACCAAUGGAAUCUCUCAAGCCAAUUCAGGCUUGGGGAUUUUGUUUUGAUCCUAAAAUGUAAAUCAUGUCUCUUAAAAUUUGAUGGGUCUGAUAUCAAGAAAGAACUUCAAAGAUUUUCAUGUCUUUUAAAAAUGUAUUUUAUAAUUGCCUUGCAUGAUCUAAAUGAUGUUGUUUAUGUAAACUGUCAACAUUAUCAUAUAAUAAAAUAAAUUUAUUUUUAAAACAAA